CCAGAGGCUGUUAAAUGGCCAGGUUUUACUCAAUACUUCAUGCCAGUUUGGGAUCAAGAAGAAAUCAUCACGCUUUGGGCCCUUCAAUAUAAGAAUAAAGAAAAUAAUGAAGGCAAAGAGCUCACACUUGAAUUAGUCGGGUCCUUGUUAGACAAGUGGGGUCCAAUACCCAGAUCAGUUCUUUUAAAGUGGGACGAUAAGACAUAUCAGGAGAAAUACGAUAAUCUGAUUGCUAAGGCCGACUUAGAAAGUUGUAUGAACUCUAUUGAUAAAGCAGGAAUGCCUAUAGAUACAGUUAGUGGCAGACUCGUACAUCUCGAUGUAAAAUCAAGGUUUACGAAAGUUGUGUACCGCUUUGCUUCUCCGAUGGUAUCUAACACAUUGAUCCAGGCAUAUCAAACUAAAACAAGGAGUAGCGUUCGCGAUUUUAUCAUAAGCA